CAUGAAAACCUUUUGAUGCGAAUCAAAGCAAAAGAGUUUUAAAUUACUUUCAAAGUAAUUUAAGUUCCCAAGCAACAGACUGUUUACUUUUUCCUCACAACAGCUUGGUUGGUUUUUUUUCUAGGUUUCUCUUCUGUGUCACUAUGUUAAAAAUACUGUCGUCUUCAAACUUUUCCUCGGAGACUUGCGAGCUGUCACAAUUAACGUACAUAUUUUACACACCUCAAUAAACAUGCAAAUUGCCUUUCUCGGCUUUCAUCAUUUUAGGGACAACACUUUGGUUACCUGGGCAGUGGUGCAUAAAGAUAAAUUUCUUGCAUAAUUAUUAUGACGGGCUUACAAUUAUUAAUACAUGUAAGAAGAAAGCUUCAUGAAGCACGAUUGUAAUCCAAUACGAAAAAUCAGGUAACAUCACGAUAACUGGCUUCAGUCUGAGAUCGAUUAAACAUGGAGAACGAAGAAGAAAUGAGAAAAGCAGUUUCCCUACAAGAGCUGGAGAAGGCAAGAGACAGAAAAAGAAAGAGAGACAAAAUUCAGCAGUCGAGCUAUUUCAAGUGUUUUUACGAGGCCGAUUACCUAGUUUUCAAAGGAUUCUGCUUCUUCUUGUAUGGAGCGUAUGGCGGCUUUAUCCCAUAUCUGCCUCUGUAUUUUAAACAGCUGUUCUUAGGUGCUAGCUAUGCAGGGAUAAUAGUUGGCAUUCGACCACUCAUUCAGUGUAUUGGAGCGCCAUUUUGGGGCGUUAUAGCUGAUCGCUAUCACGCGGGAAGAAUCAUAUUUCUGGGAAGUGUUAUUGCAUGGAUUGUGAAGGCUUUUGUUAUCCUGGCGGUGCGGCCUCACGACCAACAUUGCAUUGAAAUGUAUAGUAACAAAACUGCAAAUGUGAGUUAUGUCUAUGCUUACGAUCUUUGGACAGAGACCAAACAAGAGGAGAAAUGGGUUGUUCUUCCACUGGAUAACCCCAUCAUUAUCGAGAAAAAUAAAAUUGCUGUUGUCGAGGAGCACGAAAUCAAGCAUGCGCCUGAUGAGUCUCUCCCCAAGGAGGUAUUAGAAAAUAGCGGACCUCUUGAUCAAAAGGGCAAGACCAAAAAAGGACGAAGAACGUACAAGCACCAAGCCUACCCUGAAAAGGAAGUUUUAGACGAAAAAAUGCCAAGCAAGAUGUCGAGGAGGAGCGAGCAAUUAGCUAGACGUGUGAUGAAUAAAACAAAAGCUGACGACGAUGUGCUCUAUGAGUCAGAGGUAAAAAUUGAUCUAAAUGAGAGCAAACAAAAUGAAGCAUUAAGCUCAAAAAUAACACAUGUGGUGGAAGUUUACAAGGAGGAGCUAAACGCAUCAGUAACAUUCAUAACUAACAUUGACACAAAAGAAGUUGACUUCAUGUUUGUGUUGUUUAUGAUUAUUAUCAUUGUGGGAGAAUUUCUUGAGUCUCCAACCUACGCGCUGUCAGACGCGUCUCUUCUAAAGCGACUGGGUGACGAUAGAGAGUACUAUGGGAGAAUCCGCAUGUGGGGCUCACUUGGCUGGGCUGUGGCAUCAGCUAUGGUCGGACUGCUUAUUAACUAUUCUACCUUCAAACUUUGUCAAGUGGUCCAAAACAAUUACAUCAUUGCCUUUUACGUUUUCGUGGGUUUUGUAGCUGCCGCCUUCGCAAACAGCUUGUGGUUUCGCUUCAGUUACGAUGACGAAAAAAAGUUCGAAGAUAUUGGAAAAGUUGCUCCGAUGCUUCUUAGCCUUCGCCAUACUUCAUUUCUUUUGGCGACGUUGUAUACUGGUUUUUGUUAUGGAAUCCUGGUUCAUUUUGUCAACUGGUACAUCGAUGAUAUUGGAGGCUCGAGUGCAAUUAUGGGUGCUGCCGGCGCCGCAAGAGAGAUAUCAGCUUUAAUUAUGUUCGCAAUGAGUGCUACAACUCUUCAAGCUCUUGGCAAUGUGAACAGCAUGGUACUCUGUCUAUUGGUUUACAUUAUCUGCUUUAUUUGUUACUCUAUUCUUGACGAUCCAUGGGUGGCAGUAGCUCUAGAGGUGCUGGAUGGAGGCACGUAUGGCCUGGUAUGGUCCACCUGUGUUAAUUACAUGAGCGCUGUCGGAUCUAGCUUGGGAGUUAUAGAAACCACCCAAGGUAAGACGCAACCAGCUGCUGGUUAAUAUACGACUAGUACAUUAUAAAAUAUGGGAAUGAGCUGGAGAAAAUAUAACUGCAGUAAUUUCCUUUGAAGGCUACGUACAAAUUAUUGCCUGUACUGGUUCCUUACUUAGUUUUUGAAAUUUGAAAUGUAGGAGACGCGAAAUUUCAGCGUUAAUUCAAAAUUUCACAUAUGAAAUUACAAAAUUGCCAUGACAACGUUUGGCGCGAAAUUUCUCGAUACACUAAAAUAGUCAAAAACUUGAGGUCUGUUUAGUACCCUCGGUGGAGUAGGGGGUCACUUGUUCCAUGCUUGGGUAUGGGGUGCCGCUCAAGGAUUAAAUUGCCGCUGACCCAGUUCAGAACAAAACUUGCCUAACAUCAACACCCAGUGGAGGACAACACCCUUUACAGAACACAGUUUGGGACAAGAAGCUAAACAUGCACUCUCCUGGUUUGCACGAAUUUGAAGAGUUUUAUUGAUCCUCUCUCGGGGCGAUUGCGAUAGACCAAUAGGUCUUAUUCGUAUUCCCGGUAUUGGACUGGAACUAGCUUGCAACUGAGGCUAAU